UUUGAUCGAAUUGCCCUUUUCGUUAUAUGCUCAAUUUGGGAUUGAAGCCCGUUUUGGCUUUAAUAAAAUGACGGUGGCCUUGUUUUUUAUCGAUAUGAUCAAAGGCUUGGUUUUAAGUUUGAUAUUGGGUAUACCAUUUUUAUGGGGCUUAUUGUGGUUGAUGGAACAAAUGGGGACAUAUUGGUGGGUAUGGGCGUGGAUCGCAACAGUGGUUUUUAGUUUGUUUAUCCAAUUGUUGUAUCCUACACUGAUUGCCCCACUUUUUAACAAAUUUGAACCCAUAGAGAACCCACAAAUCCAGUCGAAAAUCAUGGCGUUAGCUAAUCGUUGCCACUUUAAGUUAGGUGGGAUUUUUGUCAUGGAUGGCUCCAAACGAUCUGGUCAUGGCAAUGCUUAUUUUACAGGCUUCGGUGGAAAUAAGCGGAUUGUAUUUUAUGACACUUUAAUCAAUAGUUUAACACCAGAUGAGGUCGAGGCUGUUUUGGCGCACGAAUUGGGUCACUACAAAUUAAAGCAUAUUAUCAAGAUGUUGGUUGUUGGGGUGUUAUUGGCGUUGAUACAGUUUGCUAUUUUGGGUUAUCUCAAAGAGCAGCCCUGGUUUUAUUCAGGAUUGGGGGUAUCCCCUUCGAUGCAGCCAACACUGGCCAAUGCCCAGGCUUUGUUGUUGUUUUUUAUGGUGAUGCCAUUGUUUACAUUUUUUGUCACGCCGUUAUCGAGUAUUUUUUCUCGCAAACAUGAAUUUGAAGCAGACGAUUUUGCUGCCCAAAAUAGCAAUAAAGCGGACUUAAUCACAGCAUUGGUUAAAAUGUACGAGGAUAAUGCGUCGACUUUAACCCCUGAUCCUGUGUACAGUAAAAUAUUUUAUUCCCAUCCGCCCGCCUUCGAGCGAAUUACCCAUUUACAAAGUGCGGGGAGGGGCGAUGUAGCACACUCUGCGGAAGAAGGUUUGGUGAUCGCUUCUUUUGGGCAACACGCAUUGGUGAGGUUGUCCGCAGAAGUACAGAUACCGUGUACCCAAAAGGGCAAGAAAAACGCAGUCGUGACAGGAGAUUGGGUACAGGUCGAAGUCGAUGGGGAACAAGGUCAAAUUGUGACCAUACUCCCCAGAAGAAAUUUAUUUUAUCGCUCGGAUUUAUUUAAACAAAAAUCGUUUGCCGCCAAUAUAGACCAAAUUUUUUACGUUGUGGCGUGUGAACCGUAUUUUGAUGUGGAUCUGUUAGGUCGAGCGGCCAUUGCGGCUGAAAGUGCCCAUAUCAAUUUUGUGAUCAUCUUAAAUAAGAGUGAUCUGACCCCAUUAUUGCCAUUGGCCAGAGAGCGGCUGGCACAGUAUGUUUUGUGGUACCCUUUAGUUCAAACCACUACCCAAAUAACGGCUUUGUCGCUACAACAGCAGUUUUCGACUUUACUAGAGGGGCAGACCACUCUUUUGCUCGGA